AUGACUUUUGUGUACGCAAAGUGUUCAUCUCUAGAUAGAUUAGAACUGUGGGAUAAUCUAUACUACCUUGCUGCUGAUAUGGAGCUACCUUGGGUGAUUGGAGGGGAUUUCAAUGUGGUUCUUCAUGAGGAUGAAAAAAUAGGAGGACUUCUAGUAUAUCCACCAGAGGUUGAAGACUUUUCCUUCUUUGUUAAUUCUUGUGGUUUGUUUGACACUGACUACAAAGGAAGCCCUUUCACAUGGUGGAAUAGAAGAUCAAAUGAAGAAUGCAUAUUCAACAGGCUGGAUAAGAUCUUUGUCAAUCAACCUUUUCAGAUUCUAUUCCCAAAUAUUGAGGCAGAACACCUUAUAAGAACAGGGUCUGACCAUGCACCUUUGCUGAUGAAUUGUAGGGAAGAGGCUCAACAGUCUGUUAAACCCUUUAAGUUUCUCAACUUUUGGACUACUCAUACCACUUUCACUGAUGUUGUAAAACAGAAUUGGGUAGCAGACUUUGUUAGAGAUCCCUUUCUAAUGUUCAAACAGAAACUGAAGAGAGUGAAAACUGCUUUAUCCCAUUGGAGUAAACUGACCUUUGGUGACAUCUUCAAACAGCUUGCCAUUAGGGAAGACAUUGUCAGGAUUAAGGAGAUGCUUUUUGAAGAGGAACUAACAAUUGAGAAUAGAAUUGUACUACAACAGGCACAAGUAGAAUUGAAGAAGUAUCUUAGCUUUGAGGAGCAGUUUUGGAAGCAAAAGGCAAGCAUGACUUGGUUUGCUGAAGUUGAUUUUUUCCACAAACAUUUCACACAAGAAGGGGAACUUGCAUCCUUUGAAUUACUUAACAAUGUUCCAACUAUGGUAACCAUGGAACAAAAUAUGGAGCUUUGCAGAUUUCCUACAAUUAAAGAGGUGAAUGGUGCAGUUUUUGCAUUAGGUGGAGAAAGUGCCAGUGGACCUGACGGUUUUACUGGACUAUUUUACCAAAGCUGUUGGGACAUUGUAGGGGAGGACAUCUUCAACAUGCUACAACAGUUUUAUGUUGGUGCAUCACUACCAAAAUCAAUCACACAUACUAACCUUGUGUUGCUACCAAAGAAACCACAAGUCCAAACAUUUUAUGAUUUAAGACCUAUAAGUCUUAGCAACUUUAUCAAUAAGGUUAUUUUUAGGGUACUGCAUGACAGAUUAGAAACCAUAUUGCCUUCACUAAUUUCCUCAAACCAGUCAGGAUUUGUGAAGGGGAGAAGCAUAUUUGAAAACAUUUUGCUUACACAUGAAAUAAUUACUGAUAUACGGCUGAGAUGGAAACCUGCUAAUGUUGUGAUUAAGAUUGACAUGGCAAAGGCCUAUGAUAUGGGUGUAACACAUUUGGCAUAUGCUGAUGAUACAAUAAUCUUCACCUCUGCUGACAUAUACUCUUUGAAUAAAAUUGUUGAGGACAAAUAUUUCAAAGUGUUGGUUCAAUCACUGGAUUUCAAAGAGAUUCUUUUGGAGUACAAAAGAAUAGGGCAGGAGCAGACACUGGACAAAAUGGCAGAAUCUCUGCCUUUCAAAGGAGGAGGGGGGAAUUGGUUUCAGAUCCUUGUUUGA